ACAAAUUUUUGCAUAAAAUAUUUAUAUUGCAAUCGAGAUCGACAUUGAACAAAAUGGUCUCAAAAUUAGAGAUCCAAACUGGAAUCUGUUCACAGGUCUUCAAUUUAUUGAAAAAAGAGGUGGCAGAAUGGAACGAUAAAAAGAAGUGGUGCUCCAUAAUAUUCGAUGAAAUGUCUUUAAUAGAUACUGCCUUGACUUAUGAUAAAAACAAAGAUGAAAUAAAGGGAUUUGUGGAGCUACAAGAAAGAAAAAACAAUUUUGCUGACCAUGCACUUGUAUUUAUGGUUAGAGGAGUUAGAGGAAUUUAUAAGUGGCAACAACCAAUUGCAUUUUAUUACUGUAGUGUGAAGUUGCAUAUUAGUUCCGAAGUUCAAUUAAAACAAAUACUCAAAGAAGUAGUUGCAGCUGUAGAAGGGUGUGGCCUAUAGCCAGUUGCUUUGAUUUGCGACCAAGGAGUGCAGCAUUCAAAGCAGCUUUAAAAAGCUUCUAUGAAGAUACUAGACGCCAACAAAUACUUUCAUAUCUGCGAAGAAAG